AUGAAUACGGAAAUCCAGACAGUAGCGGCGCUGGGGGAAUGCAUCCAGCGGGCGACAAGCGAAAGCAUACCGAACGGGGAGAUCGAUCUUGCACUCGCGCUGGACGUGUCGGAUGCAGUCCGAUCGCGGAGGCUGGGCGCGCGGGACAGCAUGAGGGCGCUGAAGAAGCGGGUUUUGCAGACCAAGUCGAAUCCGAACACGCAGCUGGCGGCGUGGCGCCUGGUGGAGGUGUGCGUGAAGAACGGCGGCACGCACUUUCUGAAGGAGGUGUGCUCGCGGGAGUUCAUGGACUGUAUGGAGCAUGUAGCGGCGCAGGAGAAGACGGUGGACAAUGAAGACCUGGUGCAACUGUGCCGGCGGAUCAUCUUUGAGCUAUACACGGCGUUCAAGAACGACUCGCAGCUGAGCUACGUGUCGCAGGUGCACCAGCGCCUGCAGGCGCGCGGGGUGGAGUUCCCGCAGGCUGCGCCGGGGUACCUGGUGAACACGAUGGCGAUGUUUGACUCGAAGGCGCCGGCGGACUGGGUGGACUCGGACGCGUGCAUGAUCUGCUCGAACGCGUUCACGUUUCUGAACCGCAAACACCACUGCCGCUCAUGCGGCGGUAUAUUCUGCAACGAGCAUUCGUCGCAUCAGUUGCCACUGCCCGAGAUGGGUAUCACGGAGCCCGUGAGGGUCUGUGAUAACUGUUAUGACGAAUACGAAAUUAAGAAACACUCCUCCCGGCGCCUCCGCCGGCAGUCUCAGAGAAGGGCCCGACCCAAGGCGGAGCGGGAAGACGAAGACGACGACCUCAGAAGGGCCAUCGAGCUCUCCCUGCGCGAGUCGAAAACCCAGGAUAAUUUGGUGCCGACAGUGACCAGGCUAGAAAACUCCGAUGCCACCAAGGACGACGAAGAUCCAGAAUUCUUGGCCGCAGUCCAGGCCAGUUUGCGUGAGCACCAGCUGGAGCAAGAACGGCAGGCAGCAGCAGCUGCUGCGGCCGCGAAACAUCCGUCGCAGCCAGAGCGGGCAGUGCAGCUGCCAUCCCUCAUGGAUUCUCGCCAGGCACCGGUUGCUCAGCAGAGAUACUCUACUCUUACAAACCAGGAAGAGGAUGAUAUUUACCUAUUCGCCAACCUAGUGGAGAAGAUGAAGGGUCAGCCAAUGAAUGCCGUGUUAGAGGAUACACAGCUGCAGAUGCUAUACCAGAAGGUCCUUGGAACUCGGCCUCGGUUAAACCAUUCCCUUAACGAUACGUUUCACAAAUAUAAUACCUUGGUAGACAUGAAUGCCAAAAUUUCGGAUAUAAUGAGCAUUUAUGACACCAUGUUAGAGAGACAAUUGAGGAAUAUUAAUCUUUCGCAACAAUAUUCCAUGCCACACUUACCUUCUGAUCCAUACACUUAUCAAAUGCACCGACAACCAGAGUCCUCUCCAGCCAACACUGUUCCGUACGAGAAGACGCAACCUGAGCCAACAUAUCGUAGCUAUGCCAGGAGCUCUUCCAACGCUGCAGAACUCACUCCAGCAAUCCUACAUACCACACAAAGUUCGCCGAUGGAGAAUCGCCAGUCGCAAUCAGUAACUGGCUUUGAGCCGCAGGUCUCAGAACCGGAUAUUAAGAAAACACUGCUAUCAUCACCAUCGGAGCCUCUUUAUCCUCCUGAAGAAAGUAUACCGGACAAGGAGAAGGAGGCACAGGUGCCAAUAACUCAAUUUGAAUUCCCGAGUGUUCCAGCGCAGAAGAUAAAAAUGGCUACACCUCAGAAUGAAAGGGUUACGGAAGAUGCAGGAACGACUCCACAGGAGGAAACAUUGUUAAUUGAGUUAUAG